AUGUUAUAUUUUGGGUGUGUCAGUUAUGCUGUGGGUAAUGCUGGUUACCGCAGUGCUGACCUGUACCCCAAACUGAGGCCUGCUAUCCCCCUGCUGGUGUGUGUCAAUUAUGCUGUGGGUAAUGCUGGUUACCACAAUGCUGACCAGUACCCCAAACUGAGGCCUGCUAUCCCCCUGCUGGUGUGUGUCAGUUAUGCUGUGGGUAAUGCUGGUUACCACAGUGCCGACCUGUACCCCAGACUGAGGCCCGCUAUCCCCCUGUUGGUGGAGCUGUUAAGGGACCCAGUGACUAAGACACGGUGUCAUGCAGCCAAUGCCUGUGGUAACCUGAGCCUCCACUCCCCUGCACUGUGUCAAGAUCUCAUCAAGGCUAAAGCUGUUAACAGGUUGUUGGAUUUGGUGUGUCAUGACACCCAGUACAAUGUCCAGUCGUGUGCUCUGUUGGCCCUAAGGACAAUGUCGCAACAACCAUCUCUGAAAAAGGAAAUGCUAGUGCUCAAGGCUGCUAAAAAACUGUCCCCAAUCACAUCUGGUCAUACCCCACGAGGUCGCUCUGGAAGUGGGAGUCGUCCUAUUAGCGUUGUCUCCAGCCUCAAGAGCUCUGCAGGGAGCCUCAACACUGUGGUGAACCAUUGUAAUAAGUUGUUACUCGUUCUCAAGGGCUGAUAACUCUUACAAGCAUGUUACCUGCUAGUCAAACUUAUGUUUUCUAUCCAAGAACUGUAACUGUUAAAUGGACAUUGUAAUACUUGUGAAUUGUUACUGCUUUCAGAAAAUAACAGGAAAUAUUGCAGGAUAGUCCACAUUUUUUGCACAUGAUAAUUAGCAAGCUUUUAUUUUCAUUUUUAUUCCAUCUUCUAAUGUAAUGUUGACAAGCGAUUUCUUCCGCCCAUAAAACAACCAUUUAAAGUGGUGUGGUCUUUAUUUGCAGGGAGGCAUAUAUACUGAUUUGAUAACUGUUUAUACAAAAUACAUGUAUGUGUUAUAAUGAGGGUAAUGAUAAAGGAACCUUGUAGUGAGGUAUUACUGAUUCUGAAUUUAUGAUGAUAAUAUAUAAAUGUAAUGCAUGUAUUGUCAUACUAAAUGCUGUCUGCGAUGAAAACACAUUGAGCAUGGGUAACUUGUAUGCUCAAGGCAAGAUACAUCUGUGCUUUCCUCUGGAGAAUGUUUGUUUUUUUUACUCCCAAAAUGUGGAUGUACUUGUAGUUUUCUACUUAGUUUGUAGUGAUAAUGUGUAUGGUGGUGAUAUCUUUGACACUGGUUAGCUCAAUGUUCCACAGUUGUUCCUUAGAUUACACUGCAUAAUUCUACCUCUUCAUGUACUUAGCAAAAUAUUCAUGUGUGCAUCCAUUCCGAACACAGCCCAGUUUCUUUUAAAUUUUUCAGAUGUCCAUGUAGUAGAGACACAAAUCUGAGGUGCUAGAGUUGUUUUUUUGUAUUGAAUUGUUUGCUUUAGUUUAAUGAAGAGCAGUCUGUAUUUAUGUUUAUUUACAUGUAUAUGUACGCAUAUAUUCACAUGAUUCUUCGCAGCAUUUCUUUUUUUUUUAAUGUUGGAUGUCCGUCCAUUGCUGUUUAAACCAGCUAUUGCUUGUUCACGUAUAAUACUGUAGGUUUGAGAGACAAAAAUAAUAAAUGUUCCGUGCUAUAAUUGUGAAUGUAUUUUUCUGUCGCUUACUGUUUUAAAAGAAAACUAAAGUAACAUUGUCAGUACAUAUUUCUAACGGUCCAUCUAAGAGUUUUGCUUGCUUGCCUAUGGAAUAUGUGUAAUAUGUAUAAUAUGCUAGUUGGAACAUGUGGUUCUGAAGUACAAUCACUUGUGACUACCUAUACAUGUGUACCUGUAUGAAUGGUGCAUUAUUUAAUGUCAUACAUUCUUGAGACAUCUGUCACUCCAAAACUCCCUUUCUAUGUUUAAGCAAGCCCUGACUGUAAUGUAUUUUACAGAGAGGAA